UAUAAUCACUGGAUUUUUUUUUGUUUUGUUUUAUUUAAUAUUUUGUUCAAUAUGCAGAAUGGCGAAAUCAUUCAAAAGCAGAGCACAUGGUGACGAUAUUGAAAUGGAUUUUGUGUAAAACAGCGCCAAACUUCAGAAAAAAUGGGGGCAGCAAAUUCAAGCGAGAGUGAGAAAAAACUUCUUAAAAGAAGAGCGACGGAAUUGGAUAAAAGAUCGAAAGAAAUGGAUAAAAGAGCUGAGGAACUGGACAAAAGGGAGAAGGAACUUGAAAAAAAGGAGAAAGAACUGGAAAAAAGGGAGAAGGAACUGGAUAAAGGAGUGAAAGAACUGAAGAAGAGGGAGACGGAACUGAAGAAGUCUGGAGGAAUGAGUCUUUUGCGACACAACAGUGGAGAAUCAGAGACACCUAACAAUUGCGGUUGCUGGUAUAAUCAAACGGCAGAACAGAGAGAAGAGGAACCUUAUUCCUUCUUCUGUCAGAACACAGGUUGUGCUGCGAUUCGCAGUCCCUCUCCAGGAUCCAUUCUAACCAAACUGUGCUGUUGCUGUUGACCAGUUGGUCUGUUACUGGUGCUGGAGUUUGGAUUUCCCAAUACCAAUCGCCUCUCUGUCUGCAUUGCCGUGAACAUCUGCCUGUUUCCAAUUGUGAUUUAGGAUUUGCUUGUUGGUUCUGUUUGCCCCUCGUCUAACCAUCCUGACACUGAUUCUCGUCUCACGAUCCGGAUUUGAUUUCCCUGGACUCUGCCUGAUCAUUCUCCUCUCAGCUGUCCUGUACUAUAAUCCUUCAGUAAAUUGUAGUUAAGUGACCUAGAAGUACUAUUUUCAUAAUUUCCUAGAAUAGGAAUAUGUUUAGAAUAAUGUAAGGGAAAUCACUAUAAUUUCAGUGUAAUUUCAUUUGAUAAAUAUUCUGGAUAUUAUUCUAAAGAUUGAUGUAACUGAAAGGUGAAAGUUCAGUUAGGAUGAUGUCAUUGAGCCAGCACUGUUUGAUAUGGAGAGCUCGAGCCAAGUGAAGUGAAAUAGGCUAUAUUGCUGACGUGUGAAGAUGUGUUGCUUUGUGUAAAAAAAAAAUAAUUCCAACAGAAUUGGCAAAAUAAAGUUUCGAAAGAGAA